AUGCACUGGUUUAAUGGGACAUCCCAGUCUUCUGACCACCAAAGUAAUGACAUUCCGCCGGUUCAACAAAAUGAAGUAGACUUGAUUGUCCAUAAUUUCAAGGAGAACUUUAUCCUACCACUAACCCAGUAUAUAGAGUCAGGAGAAGGACAAGAUAAGAUAAAAGAGUUACACGCGAUAAGCAUUUACUCAGAAUGGAAGGAACUGCCAAACUUUUUGUUCAGGAUCAUGUUUUUUCCUGUAUGUCCACACUCUGAAGGUGGCACGUCUCUCUCCCAAUUCAAGAUUUCAGCAUAUGUUGAGGCAAAAAGGAAGGGUGAUUGGCCCGAAAAUUGGGUUUGCUACGGCACAAGGUUCUGCAUUUUUGUUGUUAACCAUAAGGAACUUUCAUCGACUAUUUUUAAGAAGGAUUCCUUUAACUUCUCCAAAACAGAAACAGAUAGAGGUUGGCAAGGUAUACUAUCCCAUUUGCAGGUUUUAGAGAACGGGUUCCUCAAUGAAGCUGGAGAUUUAGUCAUCAGGGCGGGUGUAUACCCAGUAGGUGCGGAGGUCGAUCGGUCGUCUCGUGACUCCUCCUACAAUUGUCGCGAGGCUACUGGGUUUGUUGGCCUACAAAAUCACGGUGCUACAUGCUAUAUGAAUGCUUUGCUUCAGAGCUUGUAUAGCAUAACCAAAUUUAGAAAGGCAGUUUAUAAAUUGUCAUUUCGCCCAGAUGAAAUGAUCGGUACAAAGUCGUAUGAAAUAAUCAAAAGAUUGGAAUCAAACACAUAUAAUAAUGCAGCUAACUCAAAAAACAACAAACGUAAAUCAAAUUACAGUCAUGAAUAUGAAGACUCGGCACAUUCCAAUAUGGAUAUUGACGAAGACCUUGAUGAAAAAGAUUGUUGUACCCUUCUCUUCGAGGAAGAAGAGGAAAAAAGGAAAGUUCCGUGUGUUGGUUUAGCCUUGCAGAAUCUUUUCUACAAUCUUAAGUAUGCAGAAGAUUCACCACCCUGUAAGGAACUUAUGAAAUCUUUUGGAUGGGAUUCAUCAGAUAUGUUCACACAACAAGAUUCUCACGAACUUUUAAAACUGCUCUUGGACAAAAUGGAGGAACAAAUGAAGGGAACCCCUGUUGAAGGAUCUGUGAAAAACAUUUUUGAGGGUGAAAUGGAAACAUACAUAGAAUGCAUUGAUAUUGAGUUCAAAUCAUCUAGAAAAGAAACAUUUGAGGACAUACAACUUGAUGUUCAAGGAUGUGAUAAUAUAUAUGACUCAUUAAAGAAGCUUACAGAGCCCGAACUUCUUUCUGGUGAUAAUAUGUACGAAGCAAAGGGACAUGGAAAACAACGAGCAAACAAGGGAAUUAGGUUUUUAAAAUUCCCACCCGUGUGUUUGUUCUUGCUAAAAAGAUUCACUUUUGACCUACAACGUAUGGAUACUGUAAAAUUGAAUAGUAGAUUUGAGUUUUAUAAAACAAUUGAUUUGUCAACAUUUUGUCCAAACGCUGGGGAGUACGUUUUGCAGGCCGUCUCUGUACACCAUGGUUCCAUAAACAGUGGACACUAUUAUGCCUUUACAGCAUCAGAUAAAGGGGAAUGGUUUAGGUUUGAUGAUGAAAUCGUCUCCAAGGUUAGCGAGUAUGCUGUAAUUGGUGAUAAUUUUGGUGGAGAAGAACCUGAUUGUCAGAAUUAUUUUACUUCUGAGAACAAUCCAUACAAAUCGUAUAGACGUCCAAAGGCUUAUAAUGCCUACAUUUUAAUCUAUGUCCUUAAAAGUGCAGUGGAUGAGAUUUUGGGUGAUUGUGACCCAAUAAAGGAAAACUUUCAGAUGAUUGAGCGUUGUAAGUACCAAGAAAAGGUCUCUGAGACAAGAGCGCGUAUAAAGGAGAGGUUAAAUAAAUUCAUAAAAAUACGUGUGUUUGAAAGGGGGGAUUUUGAAAACUGUAGGUUCUUAGAUCAACCGUUUAUGGAAUGGACAGCUGGGAAAAUAUUGACCUUUGACAAAAAUACUCCAACAACCGAUGCUCUUUUAAGUAUCGCACAAAAUUUGAAUCAGAAUUUGUCUUCUGACAAACGUUUGUUGAGCAACUUCCAUAUAAUGGGAUUGAACCGUCAAGUUAAUAGGUUCUAUUGUCUUUCAGAUAUUAAAACUAGAGCAAAAAUCACAACAGACACACUUCAAGAGCUAGCUGAACUAAUAUGCAAAGAGUUCUUUCAGGUUUAUGACCCAACGCUUUAUAUACUCUUCGUUCCACGUACUCUCCCGAACGUGUUGCCAGAGGCACAUAGCUUGUUUGUUAUCAAAUAUUUUGAUAUUUUCUCCAGUGAACACUCCGACGAGAAUCUUAUUUGUAUAGAUCUUGUUUAUUUGUCUCCAGAAAGGCGAAUAUCACAGAUUUCCAAAUCUGUGCUUGAAAGGUUGAUAAAACUCAUGGAAUCUGGAAUGAUUGCAUCGUACAGGGUUGGUGAUUUGAAAAGGUGUGUAAACCACAUUGAACGAGGUGUAGAACUUAAUGAUGAGGAUUCUAGCAUAGAGAGAAUAAUGCAAGAAGAAUCACUUCAUCUUUGCUGGUAUUUAGAGCUUGCAAACAAUUAUGAAACAUUGGCGCCACAAAAGGUUCUUGGUGACCAACAAUUGUCUAAUGGAGAUAUAUUGAUUUGUAAUUUUAGACCAACUGAGGAAAUGAUGAAGGAAAUGAAUGAAAAGGAAAAUAAAUUUGGGUUGAAGGAAGAUUUCGAGGCAACUCAGCCAACAUUAACAGCAUCUUCAAAAAUCAAUCCUAUAUUCUUCUUUUCUCAAAAGUAUCUAGAUUCUAUCAAUUUAAAUUUCCGUGAUGUGUGUGUGUACGCCUCGGAAUUUGGCGAUAUGAGGGAAAAAUGGCAGAGCAGCUCAAUUAGGGAAAAAAUUGUCUCGGAAAAUAUCUUUAAUUUUCCAAUUUAUGAUUUCCCUAGCUUCAUAGAUUGCAAAUUAAAUAAAGUUAGGGUGAAAUUCAAGUUAUAUUUCCCAUUGGAAUCUUUAGCAACAUGGGUCAACUGUUCCAAUGCUUCAGUCACAGACUUUUCUCCAGUGCAAAAGAUGGGCGAAGCAACUCCAGAAGAUAGGAUGAAUGAUUGCGUGGUCAAAACCAUGGAUAUUGAAGUUGAUUUGCGUACUCCAUGCAAGCAUGUUUUGCGCUACGUUUGUUGGUCUAUGGACGUUGAUCCCUCCCAUGUUUUAGUUUACGGAAGCCCCCCUCAUUUAUCUGAAUCAAUAGGUGCAUAUUCAUUCUCUAUUGAUGAUUUUUGCCACCGUGAUCACUCGUUAGGAUAUGUUCAAAAACCAUUAUCUGAGCUUUUUUCAAAAUUGGGCACUAUUGUUGACACAAGAUCUGGAUCAGAUUAUGAUUAUGAUGGAAAUUCAUCCAAUGAUGAAUUAGCUGAGAAUAAAUAUGGCGAAAACUUAAUCUGUAUUUCAGUAUUACCAGAGCCAUAUUUAGAGUGGAAUAAAAAGGUUGAUGGCGAUGUUCUGAAUUUUGUUGGUCAAAUAUUUAACGAGAAAGUUGAAAUAGUAGCAUCGGUCAUGGGAAAAAUAUCAGCCAAUUCAAAUGUUAGGGAUCUUUGCAAUAUUAUAAAUUCCUCAUUUCAAAUGUAUACUAGUAAAAAAUUCAUCCUCAUAGAUUGUUUAAAUAGUGUGUUCGAUAUUGUUGACCCAGAAACACAACUGGUUGAACUUCCGCAAUAUAAAAACGCAAGCGUUCGUAAUCUAUUUGCUGCGCCCCUUAGAUUUAGCCCUGAUUGGACAAGUGAAGAAUAUAAACUAAUAGAAAGGAGAGAUUGCCUUCCGCUCACUGUUAUUCAUCAAACCCCGGAUCAUGAGUACUUUGGACACCCCUUCCAAAUUCUUGUAUCACCAAAUUGGACACUAGGUGAAAUAAAGUCAGCAAUCAAGGGAAAGAUCGAUAUUCAGAAAAAGGAAUGGGAUAGAUGGACAUUCUAUCAACUAGUAGAUGGGCACACACGCACGUGGAAGUCAAACGAUGACAAACUGGACUGGGAAGCUAAUGAUAUCAAACUGCUCGCAGAGCAUCCCAAGCCAUACGAAAAAUCACGUAACUAUGGUGUCAUGAAAAUCUCAUGA